AUGGUGAGUCCUCCCAUUUUAUUGAAGUUUUCGACUUCCACACGCCUUCUGGCUUCAUUUUGAACUCUAAAUUUUCUCAUCAGUCGCACAGAAAGUUUUCGGCACCUCGCCAUGGCUCUCUCGGAUUUACCCCGAAAAAGCGAAGCCGUCGUAUCCGAGGGAAGUGCAAGGCUUUCCCUAAGGACAGACGAUCUGCCCCGCCACACCUUACGGCUUUCAUGGGUUUCAAGGCUGGGAUGACGCACGUCGUUCGCGAUGUUGACCGUCCGGGGUCGAAGGUUCACAAGAAGGAAAUUGUCGAGCCUGUAACAAUCCUCGAGUGCCCUCCCAUGGUCAUCGUCGGCAUUGUCGGCUAUAUUCAGACGGCCAAGGGCCUCCGCACCUUCAAAACUAUCUGGGCAGAACAUCUGAGCGAGGAGUGCCGCCGCCGAUUUUACAAGGAUUUCUGCAAAUCCAAGCGAAAGGCCUUUACGAAGGCGUCAAAGAAGUGGGCAGACGAGGCUGGCCUCGCUGCUAUCAACCGUGAUCUGAAGAAAAUGAAGAAAUACUGCACGGUCAUCCGCGUUAUUGUGCACACCCAGGUACUUUCUUAGUUGAGCCUAAUUCGUGCUUUUAAGAUGCGACUCAUGAAGCAUCGCCAAAAGAAGGCGCACAUCAUGGAAAUCCAAGUGAACGGCGGCACCGUCUCCCAGAAGGUUGACUGGGCCCGCAGCCAUCUAGAAAAGCAAAUUCCAGUUGCCAAUGUUUUUUCACAAGACGAAAUGAUCGAUGUCAUUGGUGUUACCAAGGGCAAAGGAUUUAAGGGCGUAACUUCCCGUUGGCACACUAAGAAACUGCCGCGGAAAACUCACAAGGGUUUGCGAAAAGUUGCUUGCAUUGGCGCUUGGCAUCCCGCCCGUGUUGCCCGCUCUGUCGCCCGCGCUGGCCAGAAGGGUUACUUCCACAGGACUGAAAUGAAUAAGAAAAUAUACCGCAUCGGUCUUGGUAUGUUUCAGCUUCCUCUCAUACUUCUCAGGUAUCCAAGCUCAGGCCGAAGCCGCUAAGAUGGAAGCAGCCAAGGAGGAGAACAAGGAACUAGCAGCUCUCAUCAAGCCUAAGGGCAACGCUUCGACUGAGUAUGAUCUGACGGCCAAAAAUAUCACGCCUAUGGGCGGCUUCCCGCAUUACGGAGAGGUGUUAAAUGAUUACGUCAUGCUUAAGGGAUGCAUCAUGGGUCCGAAGAAGCGUGUCAUAACCCUUCGGAAGAGUCUUCUCCAGCAGACCAGCCGUCGCGCUACUGAAAAAGUUGUACUGAAGUUCGUCGAUACCUCUUCCAAGUUCGGUCACGGCCGAUUCCAGACUCGUGCCGAAAAGAAGGCCUUUAUGGUAAUUAUAUUUUGUUCAGAUUCUUACUUAUUUUUCAUCUUCUAGGGACCUUUGAAAAAGGACUUGGAACGGCCGAAAGUUACUGCAUAA